AUGCAUUUAAAAGAGACAAACCGACGAGCAAUAUUUAAUUCUGGAUUACGGAGCUAUGUUGAGUCAAUUUUAAAAAGACAUGUGUAUGAACAUGACGCAAUUUGCUUAAAAUGUAGAACAAGAAUUCAACGAGAAAUUCAGGCUAACAAAUUAGUUAACAAUGUGACUGUUGCAGAAAAAAAUAAGAGCAAUGGAAAAAAACAACCAAGCUCUGGAGGCGUCCUUAGUCCAAAAACCAUACAACUUCCUAUAUGUUCUACCACAAAAUCACACCGUAUGUGUAUUGUUUGUAAGAAGCAGAAUUCAAAUAGGCAUAAACUUAUUGUUGUUCCCAAUGAAGCCAAGACACAAACAUUUAUAGACAAGGGCAUCUUUAUAUCCACGAACAGUAGGUGUUGUUCUGAUCAUCUUGUUGGUAAAUACUUCAAGCAAGAGGCUCUGAAAGCAUUAAAGCAUACUUCUCCGUCGACAUUCUUCAACCGUACGGAUGUAAACAACUUGUUGGAUAGAACCAGGUCAAUGCUAAAAGAUGUUGGAAAACUUAAUUUCGAUGUCCAGAUAGCUAUGCUAGAUGACGAUUUUGUUAAUCUCACUGGACUCACCAAACAACAGUUUGACGUUGUCGCCACACAUGUUACAGACUUGAGAAACUCUGAAGUACGCUCAAUAAGAACAUGUCUUGCUAUUCUCCUUGUGAAAUUACGCACUGGAUUAUCGAACACAAUCUUGGGAACUCUCUUCAGCCUUAAGUCCUACAAUAUACGGCGAGCCGUACACUCAGCUCGAGAAUCUCUAAUUAAAAAUUUUGUUCCAUCAUUUUUAGGAUUUAACCAUAUGAGUCAUUCCGUUUUUGCCCAGAGUCAUACAACUCCAACUGCCAAAACAUUGUUUACAGGAAACAAUGAAGAGACAGCUGUUCUGAUCCUAGAUGGGACAUAUAUAUACAUACAGAAAAGUUCAUACCACCAUUCCAGAAGAAAACCUACAGUAUGCACAAAAAUCUACCUUUAG